AUGCAUGAAGUUUUUCCGAGCUUUAGUCAAAAAAAUCUGGGAUAUGCUACAAUUAAUAUUGCAACAAAUGGACCAGAACAGGAAGUGAAUUUAAUUAGACAUAAUCAAAUUCCACCAGAUUUUGAUGCUUUUCACUCAGUUAAGCAAGCACAUGUAUUAUCUUCUGAGCGACAAUGGUAUUUCUAUGAAGAAGUCCGAAUGCAUAUUCAAGAGAAUGCAAAACGAGAUAUUUAUUGUCCAUUAUCUUCAGUUUCAAAACCAAAAAAAGUAGUACAAAAAUUUGACCAAUUAGAAUUUCAGUUUUUACUUUAA